AUGACAAAAAUAAACGAUCAAGCACGAGCAGAUAUUGUAAAAUAUAUCGUCGAUGCAAUUGAAGAUACUGUAAAUGAGGAGAAGGUUAUAACAUUAUCGUGUGAAAUCAAAGUAAACCGAACGUUAAAGUCAUGUGAUGAAUGUGCUGGAAAUAUUUGUGCACCACAAGAACCAAGACAGGAUCAUAAGAAAAUAAAAUUAGGAAAGUUACUUAGUGUGAUCAAUAACCCUGUUAUACAAGUAGCGAAUUUUCUUAAGGUAAUUGGAAGAACAUUGGACGUAGUUAAAAAAAUCAGCGAUAAAGUACUUGGAAAACUUAAAGGCAUAACUUCUAAGAUAGAAGACACUUUAAAAAAAGCUGGAGAAAAAAUAUUUGGCAAAGUGAUUUCUGAAGUGGGAUCUUUCGGUAAAAAAGUUGGAAAGGAAGCUGCUAGAUUUGGAAAGAAGAUAGGAAAGUUCGUAAAAAAAAUAGGAGGAAAGGUUAAAAGUACAAUAAAAAAAGUUGGAGGAGCUAUUAAAAAAGUUAGAGUCGGGAUUAAGAAAAUCGGAUCCAAAAUAGGAAGUCAUGUUAAAAGAUUAGGAAAGGGAGUAGCAAAAAUCGGCAGGAAUAUUGGACGAGGUGUUGCCAAAAUAACCAAGAAAGUUGGACAUGGUAUCAGGAAAUUUGGAAGAGGAGUCAAGAAAACUGGCAAAAAGAUUUGGAAGGGAAUUAAAAAAAUAUUUGGAAAACGAUCAACUAGACAUCUAAUUGCAAAGCGUUGUGUAAACAGUUGUCCAGUUUGUGAUAUACUUGAUACAACUAAACACACUGAGGAACAAAUAGUUGGAAAAAUUUGUGGGUUAAGUUUUGUUAGAAGACAGAAACAAUUAUAUGAAAAAGUGAGAGGUUUAGAGGACACAUACACCUAUAUUGUUUCUAAUGCACCUAUAGUGACCAAGGUGGAAUAUGAAACGAGCAGUAUCGUUAUCGUUCACGGGAAAUUGGCAUUUAAAAAAUCAUUUAUUACAUACCAAACUAACAAAAUCAAGAAACGAUUUCAGUUUUCCGGACUUUUUGAAAUCUCCAACAUAGAUGGCAUGGCCAUAAAAAUAUCAAAAGAUAUCAUAUAUAAAAUGCUAUAG